UCCACCAUACAUAUACACAUUUGCAAUAUAAAUAUUACAGGAACUAACUUAAUUAGCAGAAAAAUGGCAGGGGGAAUGGGGCGUGAUGUGGUGUUCGAGGACUUCUUCCCGUCAAUGGUGGAGAAGCUGGGAGCGGAAGGGUUCUUACAGGAGCUGUGCAAUGGGUUUCAGCUGCUCCGGGAUGGGGAGAAAGGGGUGAUCACGUUUGAGAGCUUGAAGAAGAACAUGGCGCAGUUAGGGUUGGGAGGGAUUAGCGACGAGGAGCUGAGGUGCAUGAUGAAGGAAGGGGACAUGGAUGGGGAUGGGUGCUUGAGUGAGAUGGAGUUUUGUGUGCUCAUGUUUAGGUUGAGCCCAGAUUUGAUGAGCAAAUGCAGAAUGUGGAUGGACACCGUCAUUAAUAAUAAUCGAGCUUAAUUAUUUACUUAGUCAUCAUCAUUACAGUCCAUUAUAUUAAUUAAUGACUGUAUGUUAUCAUUUUGUAGUUUAAUUAAUUUGUCUCCUAUAUCUCUGCAUGCAUCUGUUACUUUGUU